AUGCGCAAUUCUUUUGGUUUACGCUUCCUCUAUCUUUUUUUCAAUAUACCUUUUUUAUAUCUACAGCGUGAAACGCUUAUUGGUCAAUUAGAGACUAAUCGACGGGAUAUUGAGCUAAGUUUUGAUGAAUUGGACAUGUAUGAAGAAACACAGGAUGCCAAUUACGACAGAUUUAUGGAAAAUAUCACAACUCGUCGACGUCUUGCCGCUGAAAAAGUUGCUCCUGUAUCAAUAUCCGAUAGAGUAAAAGGUGGAUUACCAUGUGGUGAAGGACAUCCAAUACCAUUUGCUGAGCCAUACUGUCAACCUUUUGUUCACUCAUCGUCUAAUAUUGCUGCGCAUUCGCCAAAUGUUGCAUCUCCUUCCUUUAUCAGACGUCAUUCAGCAAAUUCAACAGAUUAUUCGAUUACAUCAAUCACUACAUCAUCUUUACAAGUAGAUAAUAGUGAGCAAUUAAUAAACAAAAGCGCACCUGUAAUGGAUGUCCUAUCGAAUCAUCUGGUUAACAGCGAUGAGGAAGUGAACAAUAUGGUGACUACGUACGAAGAAGACGUAUCAUCUGAAGAUGAGCUGGAAGUUGAGAAAACAAAUAUUACACAAAAACAAAGGAUGACAUUGAAUAGUUCUCGAUUGCAAUUAUUCGGUAACUCGAAAAAUGAACCACAGACACCUAUGGCAUAUAAAGUACCGAUUGUCAAUCUGACAGAGAGCGUAACUGACAACGAUAAAAUGGAAGCUUUUGGCAACAAAAUGGAUCCGGAAUUCUGGAAUGAUGAUUUAGAUGCUUGGCUUAACGAUAUCGAAGAUAAUGAGAACAAUACAGAACUAAUAUAUAGAGAGCCAGAUGAUUCGGGUCCAAAUCCUUUGGUUGCUUCUAUACCCGCUGAUUCAGAGAGCGAAGACGAGAUUGGACAUUAUCCGUUCAUCUGCACUAAAACUGAUCAUCUCGGUAUAAGGAAAGAUAAUACAAACGAAUCGAAAGCAAGAACUGGUAAUGAGUUUGUGGAUGUGGAAGCAAAAUCAAAAACGAAAUCCUCUUUAAGGAAAAAGCUGUCAAGCAAAAAAAGCAAUAAAUUUACCUAUAAUAAAGGUAAAUUCGACAGGGGAAGUGACCGUAAAACUGCCGAGAUGUUGAGUACCAGAGAUUUUUUGGAUAGAGAAUCUACUGUGGAUCCGAAUAGUUAUGAUCCAUUAUAA